AUAGCUUUCCUCUUUUCCAGGUGGCCAACCUCCUGCGUUUGUUCCAAAUACCUCAGAUCAGCUAUGCCUCCACCAGUGCGAAGCUCAGUGACAAGACUCGCUAUGACUACUUUGCCCGUACUGUGCCCCCAGACUUCUACCAGGCCAAGGCCAUGGCGGAAAUCCUGCGUUACUUCAACUGGACCUACGUGUCAACGGUAGCAUCAGAGGGCGACUACGGCGAGACCGGCAUCGAUGCCUUCCAACAGGAGGCCCGCAACCGCCAAAUCUGCAUCGCCACUUCGGCCAAGGUGAGCCGCAGCAUGAACCGGCAGGGCUACGAGAACGUGAUCCGCUCCCUUCAGCAGAAGUCCAACGCCAAGGUGGUCAUCCUGUUCACCCGCAGCGAGGACGCCCGCGAGCUGCUGUCCUCCGCGGCACGAAUGAACACCUCGUUUAUCUGGGUGGCCAGCGACGGAUGGGGAGCCCAGGAGAGCGUGGUGAGGGGGAGCGAGUCGGCGGCAGAUGGGGCCUUCACUAUUGAACUGGCCUCCUACCCGAUCAGAGAGUUCGAAGACUAUUUCACGAAGCUGAACCCGUACACCAACACCAGGAACCCGUGGUUUAAGGAGUUCUGGGAGCACCGGUUCGGCUGCAGCCUCCAGGAUCACAGCUGCAGCGAACACAGCUUGCGAGACGGAAACUUCGAGCAGGAGUCCAAGAUCAUGUUUGUGGUGAACGCCGUGUACGCCAUGGCCUUCGCUCUGCACAACAUGAGGCAAGCCGUGUGCUCCAACACAUCCAAGGUCUGCGACGCCAUGAAACCAGGUAAUGGCAAGAGGUUCUACAAAGAGUUCAUCCUGAAGACCAAGUUUGAAGCUCCUUUCAGACCCGUGGACACAGAGAGCAUGGUGCGCUUCGACUCAAUAGGCGACAGCAUCAGUCGCUACAACAUAUUUCACUACCACAAGGAGGAAGGCAAGUUUGUAUACAAGAAAGUCGGCUACUGGGACCAGAUACUGAUCCUGAACACCAGCGUGGUGCCUUGGCGUGGCCUCGUUCCCCCGACCUCCCAGUGUAGCGAUCCAUGCAGGAAGAAUGAGGUGAAGAGCAUGCAGCCCGGAGACGUGUGCUGCUGGAUCUGUAUUCCAUGCCAGCCCUACCAGUACCUGCAGGAUGAGUUCACCUGCGCCGACUGCAGCUUUGGUCAGUGGCCGCUGGCUAAUUUGACCGGGUGUUACGAUCUGCCUGAAGAGUACAUCCGCUGGGAGGACGCCUGGGCUAUCGGGCCUGUUACCAUCUCCUGCCUCGGCAUAAUGUGUACUCUGACCGUUGUGGGCAUUUUCUUGAAGCACAACGAAACGCCCGUAGUCAAAGCAAGUGGACGUGAGCUGUCCUAUUUCCUCCUGAUUGGAGUGCUGAUGUGCUACAGCAUAACCUUCAUCUACAUCGCGAAGCCGUCCACUGCUGUGUGCACGCUGCGAAGACUUGGACUGGGCACCUCCUUUGCCGUGUGCUACUCCGCCUUGCUGACGAAGACCAACCGCAUUGCUCGGAUCUUCAGCGGGGUGAAAGAUGGAGCCCAGCGGCCGCGUUUCAUCAGCCCGGCUUCCCAAGUGGUGAUAUGUAGCGCUCUCAUCUCCUGCCAGCUGCUGGUGGCCAUCAUCUGGCUCCUGGUGGAGGUGCCCGGGGUUCGGAAGGAGAUCACCGCAGAGAGGAGGAACGUGGUCACGCUGAAGUGCAACAGCAAGGACAGCAGCAUGCUCCUGUCGCUCACCUACAACUGCGUCCUCAUCAUCCUCUGCACGGUCUACGCCUUCAAGACGAGGAAGUGCCCAGAAAACUUCAACGAGGCCAAGUUCAUUGGGUUCACAAUGUACACCACCUGCAUCAUCUGGCUGGCUUUCCAGCCCAUAUUCUAUGUCACUGCCAGUGACUACAGGGUGCAGACCACCACCAUGUGCAUCUCCGUCAGCCUGAGCGGCUCCGUGGUUCUUGGCUGCCUCUUUGCCCCCAAAAUCCACAUCAUCCUGUUCCAGCCCCAGAAAAACGUGGCCACACUCAGAGUCACAACCAACCGCUUCAGUGCCACCGUCUCGACGACCGCCUCAGCGCCCAGCUCCAGCUACUCAAAAGGAUCAGCCUCGAACUACGUGCCAGCAGUUUGCAACGGCCGUGAAGUGGUGGACUCGACGACGUCGUCUUUGUGAAAACGUUCCUCUGAAAGCACAGGAGUCCAUCCCCAUCGUCAGCCGUCCUUCCAUCAAACGCGGGCCUGCGUCUCACCGGGGGCCCCUUCCCCUUCCCUUGACAUCUCCCGUGUUGCAGAGAGAUAACCGGCAGGCAAGCAACCAGAGCAACUCUAACUGUGAAAGCUAAAAAAAAUGUUUCCCGCUUCCGAGCAGUAUGUAACAACUGUAAAGCCUUUUUUUGUAUAGAUUUUAAAUGCUGUGAUCUCCAUUGGUUUACAGAUAGAUGUGAUUUACUGCACUGUGCCUUGUCUUUAAAGAGUCUUAUUGUGAAACUGGGUGGUUGUGAAGAAAUAGUGUAAUACAAAAUGCUGUUCUUAUCUAGUCCUAACAGUGCUGUGAAUAUAUCUAGAUGUUUUAGACAUUGUCAAAAUAAAAAAUUAAAUAAAAAAGAUGCUUUGAAGUGAAUUUAGCCCAUCUGUUGAAACAAAACGUGUGACUAACCGUAGUGAAUGACGGAACCUAGACGCUGUAAAGGACAUGUGUUACUGUAGACUAGAUUAAAAGUGUGUACUUUCUUGUAAUUAAUGUAAAUAAGAUGUUUUUUAAAUUAAAAACUCAAUUUUACUCAAACCCAAA